CUAGCCUCGUACCUACCUCGAGCUUCCGCGCUUCUGUACCAUUUUUUCAAAAGGUCCCAUGCCUGGUUGAUCAGUGUGCCAUAAUCUCUGCUUCAGGAGGGUUGGAAAUGGCCACGAUUACGGAUCAUAGCAUAUGCGGGGAGCCCUUCCAGACGUUCCAGGGGACCUCGCGAUCGCCCAGGAGCCAUGUCGACAGUCAACCGCUACCCACAGAUUCAAUGGUUACUGUGCCACUCUCCGAAGCCCCGACAGAUGGAGGAGGCAUGGAUGAGGACGUGGAAUCUACGGCGCGAACGCCACUAAAACCGGAAAUCACUGUAGGAGAGAGACGGUUAUCCUCACGACCCACCUCAGAGGAGAUUCUCAAAGCCUUCCGCGAACCCCGCGCCUCAGAUGCCUCACUGGACGACUCGAUUGUGCGGAACUCCACGCUUUCCCUGGCGGAUAACACGGCAGCGGAGUCACCGACAGGAGGCAAUCGGCCAAGGAGCAACAGCAGUGUCUCUGAUCAUAGCGCCCGCGUUGAUUGGGCUGAGCUGGAAAAGAAGGAGGAACAGGAGCCGCAGGAAGAGGGUCAAGAUGAGGCAAUGGCGUUGCUGCUGGCUCGACUGGAACAGGAAAAUAACGCCUUGACCGCAGAUCCCAAAUCGGCUUUGAAAGCUACACGGCAACGAAGCCAGUCGCGACCGCCGUCGAUCAACCAGCUCAAACGUCUUAUACAGAGGCAGGAUGCGGCCGAAGUGCGGUUCUCCCAACUACCCUCCCCGCCCCCGAUGACCGAACUCGAGUUCUGGGCGGCGUUAGUGAGGGACUACCCACAAACAGUGCAACGGUUACCCACGUUGACACUCAACAAAAUACGCGGAGGAAUCCCUGCACCCCUGCGUGGGGUUGUAUGGCAGAGUGCCUCAGGCGCCCGGGAUAAGCUGAUCGAAGAUCAAUAUGAUACACUUUGCGGAGAGUCGAGUCCCUACGAGAAUAUCAUCAACAAAGACCUUGGGCGAAGCUUUCCCGGUGUGGAGAUGUUCAAGGAUCCGGACGGCGAGGGCCAGAAGAUGCUGGGCCGGGUACUGAAGUGCUUCAGCCUGUACGACCAUAAGAUUGGAUACUGCCAGGGCCUGGGCUUCCUGGUAGGUCCUCUGCUCAUGCAAAUGGGCGAUAAGGAGGCCUUCUGUGUCCUCGUACGGCUCAUGGAAGACUACGAUCUGCGCUCUUGCUUCCUUCCGGACCUUUCUGGCCUUCACCUUCGCAUCUUCCAAUUCCAACGCUUACUGCAUCACCACAUGCCGAAGCUGGCCGCACAUCUGGAGUCACUACAGGUAGAGUCUGCGUAUCUGUCGCAGUGGUUCUUGUCUUUCUUUGCAGUAACGUGCCCGCUUCCAAUGCUCUUUCGGAUCUACGACGUCCUCUUCGCCGAAGGCGCAAGCGAGACGAUUAUGCGUGUCGCUCUUGCGCUGAUGAAACGAAACGAACAGCGUAUCCUGGCGCUGAGUGAGUUCGAAGACGUGAUGCAAUUGCUUCUUGGACGGAGCCUGUGGGACCCGUAUGGCAGGAAUUCUAAGUCUGCGGAUGAGCUGGUGAACGACUUUGUCAGCUUCACCAACGAUGUUACUCGCGAGCGUCUUCAAGGACUUGAGGCAGCGUUCAAGGAGUCUCAAAAUGAAGGGACGUCGAAAGAGAUACAAAAAUCGGCAACUUCAUUCCUGGGUCGCUUGUGGCCCAUUUCCAACUCGUCCACGAAGUCCGUGGCGCUAAGUCCUGGCCUGUCAGCGCCGAGUAGGCCGAUCAGCUUUAUGCGCCGCACGCCUUCAAAACAAAGUCUAGCAUCCACUAUGAUGUCGGAGCAUGGCUCUGACAGCUCGGGCAACACGCAAAGCACGGCCUUGACAGAUCUUUCGCGUGGUUCCUCAGGGGAUGCGCUCUCUGUCAAAUCAGGCCACGAGUCGAUGGCAUUCUCUAUCCGCGCUGGUCAUUCGGCGAAGGACCGGGACCUACAUUUUCAGAUCGAGCAGUUGCUGAUGUCUAUCAGUCAACUGCAGCGGCAGAACAGCGAGCUGGAAGCAGCUCUGCAGAAACAGCGUGAAGAUCGCAGAGAAGACCAUCGUAUCAUUCGCGCAGCGAUUGCGAAGAUGCGCAAUCAGGGUCCCUCGCUAUCAGCGCCGUCCUCCAAAGAAACCAGAAGGAGAACUACCAUCACCGCAGCAGAGGUGACGAUACCGCCUACCGAAGCCAAUAAUGCUACUCCAAUACCGGAUUAUGUUAGAGAGGCUGCAGACCUCCUCGAUGGACGCUUUCCUGCACAGCAGACACAUCACCGUGCCUCCUCCAUGUUCGAAACAAAGGCGGUCCUGAAAGACUCACUGGCCCGGACGAAAGAGCAGCUAAGCAAUGAGACGCUCCGCGCCGCUUCGUUAGCCCGCGAUCUUAACGACACACAAGCCGAACUUCAGUUGGCGCGGGACGCCUUGAAGGAGACGAGACACCGACUUCAAGAGUCAUAUAAUCAGAACCAGCGGUAUGAGAAGACUAUCCAGGAACUUCGACAGAACGCACGGAAAGGUUCAGUCCCCUGGAUUGGAGGGGGCGACACCCCUGAUAGUUCUCCUUCCCUCUCACGGAGCAGUACGGCGGACAGCGGCGUAUCCACGUCCACAACUACUGGCGGCCUGCGCGAGCUGCGACUGGGACGCUCAGCUAGCCAGAAGAAACGGGAACCACCGCCUCCCGUGCCCCAUUUCGCGAAGCGCACAUCCUCGCUCGCCUCACAGACCUUCAUUCCUUCAUCAUCUUCCUCCACAACUUGUCCGGCCGUUUCAGCGGAAAACACAUCUACUGCUGCAACCGCCACAGCUCCGCCACCACCCGCCGAUACCGAAGCCCUUCUCCUCGAGCUCGUGAACGCCAAAACAGCCGAAGCGGUAGCGAAACAGGAACUUGAGGAGUUGAAAGCACGAUUUGAGAGCAUGAAGAAAGCGAUGGGGCUUACGCCAACGGGUCUUGGUACGUCUGGGCACUCGCAAUCCCCUUCGUCGGCCGGAAUGCUCCACUCGAAGAGCGCAUCUGCUACGCCUGUAUCGACGCCGCCUGCGAGUGGAGCCAGUGUUGUGGGCGGCUUCUGGGCCGGGUGGAAGAGGAGUGUUAGUACUAGUAAUGUCGGGGCCGGAUCUUGAGGAUAUGGCACAAUAUAUGGACGGGCGUGAGGACGGAGAAGGCGUUGGUAUAUAUCGCGAUGGUAACGCCGGGGAAGACGAUGUCAUCGGCUUGUGCAUAGUUGCCUGUACGAUGCGGGGAAGGAAUACGUUCUGUUGCAUGUUGGAGUAUAUACAGCAGUGAGCUGCGCGAAGAAGAGGGAUGACUGGAUGGUUUGUUAAUGGUGUUUGCGAUACCUCGCCCACUUAGCGCUCAUGCUUGGGCUUGUUUGUAUGGCUUUAGU